GUGGGCAGGGUUUUUUUCGACGGAGUUUUUCUGUUGGGAGCUGCUGGCGACCUAAUGUGGUGUGUACCGUACUUAAAUGUGGUGUGCACCGUGGAGCUGAGUGGUUUUCGGCGCCUUUCUCAGCAGCAGCAGCGUGGUCCCUGUGCAGGGAGGGCGUCCCCAUGUACCAGUGCCUGAAAUUUGUGGACAGAUUUAUCCGCAAGGACCACAAACCCGGACUGGGCUCAGCCGGCGGCUCGGGUGGAGCAGCAGGUGCGGGGCACGUGUACCACGAGCGGCAGGUGAAGGAGCUGUGUGCCCUGCAUGCGCUCAACAACCUGUUCCAGGACGGCCAGGCCUUCACCAAGGGCUCGCUCGACGACAUCUGCCACAGGUUCCUGUCGCCCGACCACCUCGUGAACCCUCACAAGAGCAUGCUAGGCCUGGGAAACUACGAUGUCAACGUCAUCAUGUCUGCCCUACAGCUGCGCGGAUACGAGGCCAUCUGGUUCGACAAGCGAAAGGAUCCGUCGUGCAUUGACCUGGCAAAAAUAGUGGGCUUCAUCCUGAAUGUGCCGAGCGAGAUGAAGUUUGGCUUUCUCCAGUUUCCCCUCAGCCGGAAGCACUGGAUUGCCGUGUGCGAGGUCAACGGCACUUUCUACAACCUCGACUCAAAGCUCGAGGCACCAGCCGUCAUUGGCAAGUCUCAAGAACUGCUUCAGUACCUGCGGGAGCAGAUCAAGUGCAAGGACCGGGAGAUCUUCAUCGUGGUCACGCAGGACAUUGGCAGGGUCAAGGGUUGCUACAUCGAGACAUCGAGGGAGACGCCUCCGAGGCAGCCGUCGCAGCAGAGUGUGGCGCCCACGCGCGAACACGUGUCGCGGACAAACUUGCGGUAGAAGUGACAUCACCGCCGAUCAAAUGUGGCGCCAGCGGUGGGACCCAUCUGUGCCCAGCAGCAGUCGUCUGGACCCUGCGAGACUGACUGAAAGUGAAAAGAAUGAAGAGCUCGAGACGGCCGCUUUCUUUCGGCAGUAUCCCCCCGAUUCUGUGGGAUGUGACUACAGCGUUUUGUCGUCUGCGAGGUCUGUCUGCUGCCAGCAGCGUCCAGUAUCGUGUGGUAGCAGAAGGCAUGCCACCGCAUACGAGGUGUUGACCUGUCUAACUAGACAGUUAAACAGCUGAGACAAUAUAGUUGAGGGGCACUUCUUGGGAUCCCCUUUUCCUCCAGCUUACCGGAGUGUGCAUCGUCCGGUGUUCUCGUCUCCCUACCUCGUGCCCCAAGCAAGGCAACAACUUUUGUCUGCUUUUUACACACGCAACGGCGCGAAGUAGCUGUUUCACAAGUCCUACACUUGAUGUGCCUGCCCAGUGAUGCUGUCUGCUUUUUGCCGUGCUUUUGCUUUCCAUACCGGUGGCACAGCAGCAACCGAGAACAUUCCUUGUGGUUUAGAGGAGUCGCCUGCUGAUGAAUGACAUUCGCAGUCAGUGCUUGAUGGCGGGAUUCCCACAGCGCCAUGGCACACAUCGGCGCCAAUCGAGUGAACAAAAAGAACAGUAGCAGUGCGCCCCUGUGUGUAUGCGCGACGAAUCUCUUUGUCAGCUGCCCCUAGCACCUCUGGCGUGGCUUGGGUGAUAGGCGUUGUCACAGCAUGUUGUUCUUUUUUUAUUGCCGGUGAGUAACUAGCGCACGCGAAUGCUCGGAGCAUAAUGACCGUUAGCCGGGGCUUUUCGAUUUGUCGCAUGACCUCGGUUCGAACGGAUGUUCUUGCGCAGACUUUACACAUGCAUCAGGGAACCUUUCAGCGCUUCAUUGUGCCAUCAACUGUGUCAUUCACUCAUUCUUACAUUUAUAACCAGCAUCAUUCAUUCUAACAUGAGAGAGAUAGAAUCAGUGUUUAAAAACUGCCAUUUUUUUUGUCGAUUUGAUGUGUUCAGGAGGCUGGCCUUAACUGCAGUUACAAAGCCCAAGGGGGCUUUUUUCAGGAGCUGCCAUGCUGUAAGGCAAGUCCACCGCACGAAGUGGUCCCAUGUCUUAUAACGUCCAUGUUGCAGACAGCAUUCACUCUGCGCUAUUCAGUUAUUUGCAUAAGUCGGUGCAAAACCGAAGUCCAGGCGUGUCUGUCACCCGAACCGUUGUGGGUGUAGUCUGGAGGUUGCGAUAAGAACAAAAUAUAUGUAAAUAAUAUAGCCGUCAAGAACGCUUAAACUUUUCGAAAAUAAGCACCUGCUUUACUCUUGUACAUGCACUUCCUAAAACCUUUAUUAACAAAAAAUCAAAUUCUGCGUUAAUCUUUCACCUUCUUGCAUGUCUGCAAAUCCGCUUUGUGCUGUGCAGGGUAUGCGAACACUUUCAUUAUGUCAAGCAUUAUUACCGAUAGUGCUGUUACAAAGGAGUUGUAUUCUUCUCAUAUAUUGCAGUGCAUUCAUUCAUACUAACUGAUGGCAAAGCAGGAAAAAAUGUACACUACAGAGUUUGAGACAUAGUUGUGUGGCUAGUUGAACUCGUGGGGCUGUCGUUGGAUGCAGCUGUUGCUUUGGCGAGUCGCACGUGCAUCCAUUAGAGUGCUGAAUCAUGGCCUGCGUCUCUUCAAGCAGCCAUGUGUGCCAUAGUGGUAGAGAAGCGAUGUGACAAUUGCAUAGGUGUCGGCAGUUAUUGACAGGCGAAAUAUUCAGCGGGAAUAUUUUUUUAGGUUGUGAGACACUGCGCUCUUGGAUUCCUCGAAUACUCUUCAAACUAGCAAACUGUGACAACUGACCUAUUUUACUUGCUUCUACUGGUAGCGCAGCCGAGCACAGGUUCGAGAUUUUUUUUAUAUCUUUCUUGAAUUCAUUGCACAGAAGCCUGCAAUGAAUAAUAAUAAUUGAAAUAAUUUUAACCAUUUUUUAUUUCUUUUUGUAUUAUUUCCAUCAAAAUAUUUUUGUGUGUUUGUUCAUUCUAGCACAAUCGGUGCUGCCAUCUGUGAUGAACACUUGGAACUUAUAGGGUGCACUACAAAAGUAUCAGAGAUAAUUGUGCAAUUUCAGCUGAGGAGCUGCAUUAAAUGAGAACAGUAGUAUGCAAGAAAGCAUUGGGGAAGCAUUGGAAUAAAUGACAUUUCCCAUUUCAAGUUUUUUUAUUUAUUUAAUUGUAGCCCUCGUUUUUCUCGACAUCUGCUUUUGGCACUUUAUCUUUCACUGCAGACAUGCUGCAUAAUCAUGGUGACCAUUAUUGUGCGAUAACAAGCAUAUAUCUUUUAAAACAUGAUUUGUCAGAAGGCUCCGAAUGUAACUUGCACAUAAUCUCAGAAUAAGUACUACAUUGCUUAAUUGCAAUGGUAUUUACUCAGACCACAUUACAAGAGCUGCAUCUUACAUGAAUAUGUUUGUUAUAUCUGAAAAUCGUUAUGAAUUUAUAUUAACACUGUCUGUUACAAAACUAUUCUUCAUUUGCUUUGUUAUCAAUAUUUCGUUAUAUCCAGGUUUGUUAUAUUGAGGUGUGAGUACAGCCAGACCUAAGUUGUAACGAGCUGGAAUGUGACAGUCAAAUAUGAGUUCCUUAAAAGCAUCACCCACAACUUUUGUGCAGCAGCUGCUGUGAGAAUGAAGCAUCCCGCAAUUGAGUGUAAAAGCCUCUUUAUGUCUGUCUAUGGGGGUGGUACGUUGGCUAAAGCACGCAUUUCACAAAAUUCACGCAGCUUGUGAUUACCACUGCUUUGUCUUGGUUGUGUUCCGCUAUUUGUCUAUUUGUCUUCGUAGUGUUCUGCGGUUAUUUAUUUCUCCUGAAGUUAUAAACAGGGUUGAGUGCUUCUAGUAAUGUUCGAUCUACCCUACUGAGAUGAUACAAUGCAUGGACGGGACCUUAUCUCUGCAUGUCUGAUGUUUUCAUAGGGCCUCUCCUAAAUAGGAUGCUUAAGCUAGUACUUUCGUGAAUCGAACUGACUAAAUCGAGGUGUCUAGUGUGCAUAGUGUUUCACACGAGAACUGAGCUUUUGUAAGUGUUGAGACAAUGUAGACGUCAAAUUCAAUCGGUUUUACCACUGUGGGGCAUCCAGCUCCCAUGGAAUCGCUUCGAACGUCUAUAAUUUGCAGGCCAUAGCCAAUGAGUCUUUGAUAAAACGCCGUUCUUAUAUUGACCUAGAUUGAUCUAAAAUCAUAUCAGUUCAAAGUUUUGUUUAACAUGCUUGUGCAAGCCACACACAUAAGCUCACAGACUUGGAAUCAGUGAAACGACACAGCACGAACUACUUUUAUUACAGACCUUGGCAGAUUCGGCCGCCGUGGAGUGGAUUGAUAUGAACUACUACAUUAUAGUCCUGUACGGUCAUUUUAAAUCAAUAAUGCUCUUUAUGAUUUUGUUUAAAUAGGUUGUAUUAGGAGAAAACGGAGCUUUCCCUUGUAUGCCCAUCUUUGUGGUCGUUAUGUGCCACCAUUGAUUUUUAUGGGCUCUUGUUUUCAUCUAGGAUGUUUUGUCCCUUUUACCUGUACAGAUAUCUGCAUUAAUGGCAAAGUCAUUUCGGAAUAUUCAAAAUCAAACUUUUCAAAUGGUAACUUUGGACACAUACCUGUAAUCAUUGAACUGAAGUCCAAAUCAUUGCUGUGGCUUUAGCAGCUGUUGCAGCUGCUUCAUGUUCGCAGCUUGAUAGUCUCAUACAGAGCAGCAAUUUCACAAAUGCAGCUGACUGUUGAUGCACAUCGCAAGUUGCAUGGCAAACUGAGCGCCGUAGUGAAGGGCCCAGCACGGUGCUACAAAAAAGUGUAUCAUGAGGUUUCGUUUGUUCUUUGAAGGACAAGAUGGCCAUCAACACUUUAUUUGUGCGUUUGGGUUUGUCUAUGGGUGACUAAGGAGUUGACACCAGUACUUCAAAACUGUACAUACAUUCACGCUAGCUUGGAGCUUAAUGCUUGAAUCACUGCUGCGAAGAGCGUGGUGGGAUGUUCUCGACUUGUUUUCGCGUGGCUCCUUUUUUUUUUUCUGAUGUGUACAUAAUCUAGCCAAGAUAAGUGUACAGAAAAUAUAUAUAUAUAUCUGACAAGAUGUUGGAGAGAGUAUUUUGCCCGAUUGUGGCCCUUCUGUCAGUCUUGUCUGCCUGCCAUGUUGCUUUCGCUGUGAGCGGCUUACAGUGCUUUGUUUACUGUUGGUGCAUAGAAUGUGUCGCUUUGAUGAUGCGGUGAUUUGGGGUUUGCAAUAGAUUUGUGGGUGCACUUCGAAGAGUAGCGAGAAAUCUAAGCGUUUGUUGCGUGCGUUUCAAGUGGCCGCACAAGUGGCGGAGUUAUUUUAGUGACAGCACUUGUUUUUCGUGUCACGUAUGUAGGACGAACGCAAUUUUGUUUUAUUCUUUGACUUGCUGCCUCCGUGAAGUGGUGGCUAUUGAUAACGUUCAUAGGGGCUGAGAGAAAUGUCAAUGCUACAAGGGUUCUUUGUGUCUGCCACUCUGUACAACAAAAAUGAUUUCGGUGAUUUUCUAGGCCUUCCGGUGCACGGUGCAACUUAUUCUUGAAAGAGGCUCUGAGCAGAUAAUGAUGUAUGAUAUUGUGUUCCACUGCUAUGACCACAGCAGCUUGCAUCUGUGUGCAGAUAAAAAUCUUUAAUACUA